CACUUCAUCACAGAACAUAACAGAUCACUCCACCCCGAUUUGAACAGACUGGUGACCGAGAGGACGACCUGUUGAAGAUUUCAAAGCAACGUUUCUGACAUGCACUUUGAUAAAUCGCCAAAAGAGAAGCAGUGUUGCACUCUGCCCACAGUGAAGAAACUCUUGGAGCAGAAGCGAAGGCGUGAGACAUCAUCUGUGACCCCCUCCUGCUCUACGGCCAGCACAAGUCCUGCUCCUCCAACUACUGUCACACAGUUGUCUUCAGCAGAACCAUUUACCUGUACAGGCGCAUCAAACAGCUAUUCAGACAUGGCAGUGAGCUAUGAACAGUGGACCCCAGCACCAGAGUCUACACUCAAUUACUACCCCAGUCAUCCAGGACCCGGCUAUGCUGCCUCCUACAGCCUCCCAAUGACAUCUGAAUAUGGCACGCAACAGCAGGUCCCAGGGUUUGGAGACACAAUGCCUCAGACAUAUGACUGCCCAAUGACAGUCACAGAUCCCAGCAUGGUUUCGUCUUGGUCCCUUCUGGGUCCCAGUCAGACGACACAGUUGAGUUUUGGUUCGUCGAUGGAUGCCACCAAGCUGGAAGAGGCCAGGAUGCUGCUCAGCGGGAUGGACUACAGCAGAGCCAUUGGGCAAGAUGAAGAUGGAGACACAAUCCUGCAUAUCUACACUGCAAAGGGGCUCAGGGAGUGUGCCUUUGCUGCUGCAGAGAGGCUGAGGGAAAUGGGCGGCGGGCUUGAUGCCAAAGAACACAGAGGAAAGACUGCUCUACUGGUGGCGGUGACAGCAAACCAGCCGGAGAUUGUGCAAGAUCUGCUGUCUUUUGGAGCGGACAUCAAUGCAUGUGAUGUUAAAGGGCAGACUGCUCUUCAUCUGGCUGCUCACUAUGGUUUACCUGUGGUUCUGCAGGCAAUUCUGACCAGCAGGCCGGCUGUCAACUUGGAGGCACGCAAUUUUGAGGGUAUGACUCCUCUGCACUGUGCAGCCAUUUCUCACAGUGAUUCCAUGAAGGCGUUGUCUAGCAGUGGGCUGGCAGAUGUUGGUCUUCAGACCAAGGCGGCGGAGAAGCUUUCCUGUGUGCAGAUGCUUCUCAGCGCAGGGGCUUCCCUGUUCAGCCAGGAAAUCAAAAGUAACAAGACUGUGUUGCACUUGGCAGUAAAGGAGGGGAACAUUGAUCUGGUGACUUUUCUGCUGAGGAUUCCCCUGUCGAACAUGAAAGACUUUGUCAACUUGAAAGCACAUGGUCAUACAGCCUUACACAUGGCAGCUGGUCUCCAUGGUAACCCCCACCAGGAGGAGAUCCUGCAGCUGCUGCUGCGCAGAGGAGCUGAUCCAAGUAUCCGCAACCUGGAGAACGACCAGCCAGCGCACCUGCUGCAGAGCGGCCUCCAGGGAGAGCAGCUCAAGCUCAUGCUGAAGAAACGAAGUGCUUCCUCUCGCCGACGUAUCGUGUCCUUGCAGGACCAAUAAUGAUUAGAAAAUCCCCACCUGUAAUCCCCAUUUGGAGGGAAUGAGUCUAUAAGAUGUUGCCUCUGUUAGAAGGGGAUUUACAGUUCACUGUUAUAUUGCUUUGGGAGUCUCUGGCCUAUAUUUUGUUAACAAACUACUUUGGCAAAUUAAUCUCCAGAUAUAAUUCACAUUGGAUUAGACAAAUGAUGCUUUAAUGCAUAAAGCUUAAAUUACCUGUGAUUUAGUGUCAGUGUAAAAACAUGCUUUAUUUAUUUUUUUACGCACAGGCUGAAGUAUUUAUGUGUAGGCGAAGCAUUUCCUUCCAAAAUGUGAUAUCCGCCUUUGUUUUAUAAAAAAUCCUCACGUUUGAAAGAUCUGACAAAUUUAAUUUAUGUAUUUAUUUUUUGUUAAGUGGAUAUUUAACAUUUUGAAAUGAAAUCCUCUAAAUAUAAAGAAAGAGUAUAAGUUUCUUUUUCCGAAAAAUAGGCUACACUCCCAGUUUAUUGUUGAUUUCUAUGAAAUCGUUUGAAUGACUUUCAGGACAGUGUCCCUGAAACCCCAGUGACUCUCUUGUCAAAACCCCCCAUCAUGAAGUGAUCAUGUUGAUACACAGAAAUGGGUUUGAUUUUAGUCAACAUGUGUGCUUUUGUUAAGAGUGCAUGUGUAAAAAUAAGAAGCUCACAUAAUUUAACUUUCUUUCUGUAUGUGUGUAACAUCAAGUACAAUUUUUCUUUGUCGAAAAAGAAACUUGAAUUUCUAAAACUAUUAUGUAUUUGAUUUUGAUAUUGGAAACUGAUUGUGUCAAAGAAUGUUAUUAUCACAGAGACAUUACAUAAGCGUGGUGACAAAUUGUCUGACUAAUUGUACAUUUGAGUCAUGAGUCAUGAAUAAAAGUACAAUAACACAGUAUUUAAAGUUCCAUCUGAAUCUUUUGAUGUUUAGGGCACAUUUGAACAGUCCCACUUAUAUUUGGCUACAGAAAUUAGCAGGAUGGAAAAUACAUUGUCCCACUAGAAAGGGAUGGUGUCAUGAAGAUUUAAUUUUUCAAGCCUUAUUUCCAUAGAGGUUUACUACCAUUACCUUAGUCACAGGUCAAAUGAGGUUGUGUUUGAAUGUAAUUUGAAUGAUAAAAAAAGAUUUGAGCUGUUACUCACUUGUGUGUCACCUCUGUAAAUUUCUGUGAAGCAAAAAGGAAAGAUCAGUCUUAUGUGUAAACACCAUAAUGAUAAUAUUGUCUAAUAUCUACAUAACAUUUACGUCACUUUGGAUAUUUUUGAACAAGAAGAUUAUUAAAAACACUGAUAAAAUCCUGUUGAUUAGACCUUUAUUUGAAACAGUGGUCUCAAUGUUCAGCUUUACAGGUAGUAACAUCAUUUGUAAUACCUUUGCAUAAGGUUUAAACACAAAAUAACGGACGAAUAGUAAAACAAAUACAUAUGUCACUCAUUUGAAUAUUUUCAAAGCAGUUUCAAAAUAAAAUACAUUAGGCUACUGUAUAUUUUCAUCAAGAUACCAGCUAUUUUCUUUUAGCAUGUUAUGUUUGGCCUAUUCUAUUUUGGGUUCUUUUCAUUACUCUGCCAUGCUAAACAAGUAGAUAUCAACA